AUGACGGACAUUUCGACGAUAUUCUUCUUUAUACUUGUCACGGUCGUGGGCCGCGAAGGCAUCCUUGCGUCAACAGCGACGCGCGAACUCCGCUGCGGCCGCCGCCUCGUUUCGGGACUCUUUACCCGGCCGCGAUUGCCUCUAGGCUACUCAUUUGUGACCACAAUCCCACGUGGUGCAUGUCGCCUGAACGUCUCCGAAAUUGUAUCCAGCGACAAUUAUAUCGCGUUAAGAGUGACGAAUGGAUCCUACAUUAUGAACGGCGAAUUUGCUGUCAGUGCACCCGGUACAUAUGAAGCGGCUGGAACGCGCUUCAUCUAUUCACGCACUGCGGGUCUUGACAAUGUCUUCGCUAUGGGACCCAUACAUCAUUCCAUUGACAUUAUGGUUUUAUACACACAACCGAAUCCACACAUAAAGUAUGAGUACUUAACCGAUUUACCGCCCGACGAUACGAAUAACGACAUUCCGCCUGCAAGAAACACUCCUUUACAUCAUCAAACAGUUCGACAUCAUCGCCAUCACAACGCUGAAUCUCACACGCGUGCUCUUCAAAACUCGAAAUCCGAACCUUCCUUAUCGAAGCAACCAGAUUUCACAUCAAUGGAAAGUCAAUACCAAAUCGACAGCAACGUUAUCGGUGAUAGAAAGUUUAUGUGGAAGAUAUUAUCGUUCACGCAAUGUUCUCGCUCAUGCGGCGGAGGUCUCCAAAUAGGCAAGUUCAAGUGCAUUGAGGUCAGUGAGACGGAAGAUCGAGAAGUCUCUCCAGCACAUUGUUCUGGCAAUCCGCCACCAUCGCAGCGUCGUCGUUGUGGUACCACUCCUUGUCCUCCCCGUUGGAGAGCUGCAGCUUGGGGACCUUGCCCUGUUUGUGGUCCAGCGCACCGCACAAGAAUAGUAGGGUGUGUUCAAGAUCAUUCUCGAGGCAUAACUAAGAUAAGUGAUCAAAAAUGUCCUCUUCCGAUGCCUCCAAGUAGUAAACCUUGUAAUAUUCCAAACUGCGACGGCACAGCAGCCACAACUGCUGAAUCACGUUUCGAUUCUAGACGUCAAGUGCGACCGAAAGAUCGUACUGAAACCUUCCGCGAGGGACCAAUUAUUUCUCUAGCAGCAAAUGCCACGGAAAAUGAAGUUAGUGCUACGAUAAAACCAUCUUUUAGCCACAGCACAGCUGGCGGGUGGCUGUACACUGAGUGGUCUGAGUGUGUCGGUUGGUGCGUUGGGGGUGGAGUGCAAUCUCGAGGAGUACGAUGUGCAGACCCCAAUGGCUGCGCUGCUCAUCGCGCCCCCCACUCUUCACAGUCGUGUUCCCUAAGGAAACAAUGUGAUGCUCAGUGGUUCACAGCUGAAUGGUCUCCAUGCUCGGCAGCUUGCGAUGGUCGCCAAGUCCGAGGAGUGAUUUGCAUAGGAGGAAACGGCAGAAGACUGCGCGACGGCUCUUGUCAAGCACCACGACCAGAAUCUGAGAGGGCUUGCGGGGGUACAUGCGCACCUUCGUGGUAUCUCAGUGACUGGGGAGAGUGCACGGGGCCGUGCGAGGUGGGCAUACAGACGCGCACGGUCUGGUGCGCUCGCGGCGGUGAGGCGGGCGCUGCUGGCGCGGCGCGGGACGUCGACUGUGCCGGGCUGCGGCCCGCGGCUCGCCGCACCUGCGUCCCCGCCAGGUGCUCCACCAAGCCCGACGUUAAGCCCGCUAUCAUCAGUCCCGUGCCAUCGGUUGCAGACACACAGAGAGUAACAAGACACCAAAGUCGCAACACACAGAAUCUGAAGGAGCGAUCGUUUGCUGACGGUGCAUGUGUGGACAAAUUAAGCAACUGUAUGAAAAAAGGUACUCGUGCGAGCAAAAACCAAGUAAGGCAGCGGGUUAGUGGACUCGUGAUUCAUAGUAUUGUGAUAAAUAAUGGUGAGAACACGCAUUCAGUAAUCAGACGAGCGCCCGAUUUAGGCCGGCACCGGUAA